AUGUUUUCACAAUCAAUUCGUCGUUUGACACCGGCCGUGGUGUCAUUCCAGUCCGCUCGAGCUCCUAUGAGUCGACGCACCUUCACCUCCACACAAGCCGCAUUCAACUCAUCUCAGAAGCCGAGUGCCUACAGGGAAGGGAUGAACCAGUAUCGUGCCUUUGCCGGCCCCUUCGCCAAGGUCUUCUUGGGCGGCGUCUUCGUCUACCAGGUCCUCUACUGGACGUGGUUGAAGUUGGAGAUGGAUGAAACGAAGGUGGCAAAGAAUGAACAAGUGGCGGCGCUAGAGAAACAGGCUAGGGAGAUGACUGCUUCCCAGAAAUAA